CACCCUUUCGGCGCCUAGCUGCCAUUCCAACCGAAGGAAGGACGAGGACUGGGGCGCCAGGCCGCCCAAGCCUAGACAGGGACAACUGAGAGGCAGAAGUCGGGUUCGAACCACGGACCUCUCGUGUCCCCAACCAGGCACAGCGAGGAUCACGCGGUCCCCAUCCUGGAAGGCGAGUAGCACCGACAGCACCCAAGCGUUUCGUGAUCUCCUUCAUACUCCUGUGCCAAGUCAAGGGUUGGCCACCUCUCUGUUCCGGCUGCGCACCUCUGGUGAUGCAGAGGCCGCUGCAGCUGGAUAUGCUGGGGUGGGUAUCGUAUUGAGCGAACGAGCGGAGGCGUCUCUGCUUGACUGGAUACCUGUUGAUAGUCGCCUCUGUGCGAGUAGUAUUUAUAUAUCAAGAAAUAAGUUAUUGUUUGUGAUGGGAGGUGAUGGUGGCAGUAUACCAAGACGUGUAGAACUCGUGAAGUCGAAGAAAAAGCCGGAGCAUGCCGAUCGUCGGGUUGCGAACGCUGCCUUAUGGCGUCAUUGUUCUCUGAGUCAUGAACCUCUUCGACCUCCAAUCGUUUCUUGCCGCCUCGGAAGGCUAUACAAUAAAGAAGCUGUCAUCAACAAGUUACUGAAUCGUUCCAAACUGAAUAAUACAGCAGAUCAUGUUAAGAAACUGAAGGACGUUCGGGAACUCCACCUGACUGUGAAUGCUGCAUACGGAGAAACUUCUGAUCCUCUGAAAGACGCUUGCGGAGAAUUCUACUGUCCCGUUACUGGUCUUGAAAUGUGUGGAGUGCACGCUUUUAUAUUCUUGUGGAGCUGCGGCUGUGUUUUCGCCAAAAAAGCCCUCGAGGUGGUGCAUGAUAAUCGAUGCAUGCAGAGAAAACAAAGAAAGCGUUCAGCUGUAGCACCCUUUCGGUGCCUAGCUGCCAUGCCACCCGAAGGAAGCACGAGGGCUGGGAUACUGGCAGGUUGCCCAAGCAUAGACAGGGGAAGUCGAAAGGCGGAGGUCGGAUUCGAACCAUGGAACUUCCGGUCAUGUGGCACUCCAUUCACCACCUCUGAUGUGAUCCUACUCAAUCCGCAAACCGAGGAAGAGAUUGCUAUGGCCCAAAAGCGCUUGGAGGAAUACGUAGCUGCCAAUGGAAAGGCUAAGAAACGAUCAGCCCCUGUCAAUUCCGAUUCAAGUGCUGCACCCGCAAAGCAGAAGCCUGCCGAACAGAAAUCAAAAGAAGAUGGAAAGCCAGAUACGGAAUCACCCCAGCCAGGAACAUCCACAGCGCAACCACCAACCAAAUCCACUAAAUCAAUUCAGGAGGAUCCGACUGCUAGCUCCGUUUACAAAAGCUUGUUCACAAGUUCAGAGGAAGCUAAGCGUCAACCAAAAGCCCACUGGGUCACUUACAACCCAUUCCUUUCGGUGCCUAGCCGCCAUGCCACCCGAAAGAAGCAUGAGGCCUGGAAUACUACCAGAUUGCCUACACCUAGACAGAAGGAACCGGGAUGCAGAUGUCGGGUUCGAACCACGGACUUUUCGGUUCUAAUAUGCCUUCCUGACGUAGAUGUAAUGCUGCAUGCGGAAAAUUG